UACAGUGCUCUCGUAGUGUCAGCAACCAGCACGAGCGCGUGCAGUGGCUCCUCGUAGCUUCGGCUCUCAAUAAAACUGGCCGUUUAUCAUCAAUCAUGGCCGCCGGAGUACAGAUUUAAGUCUCCGUCUUCUCCUCCCUGUCGACUUUGAAAAGGAGUAGGGGGGGUGGGACGGGGGGAUUUCUGUUUUGAAGAAGACGAAAGAUUAUUAUUGGCCCCACACGGAUUUGGAUUUCCUCCUGGAAUUACAGUACAUCUCACAAGGGAAAUACCAUUCAUGUCAAAUCUCCAACAUGCAGCCGCCGCCGAGGAAGGUCAAAGUGACGCAGGAACUAAAAAACACUCACACGGAGCAGAUGACAAGGCUGCACUUUAAACAUCAAACUGAAUGUGACCUGCUGGAAGACAUGAGGAGCUACAGUUUGAAGAAAGGACAGCUGGAGAGGGACUAUGCACAGGCUCUGCAGAAAUUAGCAAGUCAGUACCUAAAGAGAGACUGGCCUGGAAUCAGCCCCGAUGACCAGAGAACAGAUUAUAGGAAUGUGUAUGCUGUUUGGAGAGCCUACUUGGAGGGAACUGUUCAGGUGAGCCAGUCGAGACUGAAUGUAUGUGACAACUACAAGAGUCAAAUAUCAGAACCUGCCAAGACCGUUAGGCUCUAUAAGGAACAGCAGCUCAAGAAGACCAUUGAUCAGUUGAGUGGCAUUCAGGCAGAGCUGCAGGAGUCGGUGAAGGAGUUGGCGAAAGCCAAGAAGAAAUACUAUGACUGCGAGCAGGUUGCGCACGCCGUACGAGAAAAAGCCGACAUAGAGGCCAAGUCCAAACUUGGACUUUUUCAAUCAAGAAUUAGUUUACAGAAGGCAAGUGUAAAGUUGAAAGCAAAGAGAAGUGAUUGUAACUCCAAAGCGACACAGGCCAGGAAUGACUACCUGCUAACGCUAGCUGCUGCAAACGCCCAUCAUGACCGCUACUAUCACACAGACCUGCUGCACUGCAUACAGGCCUUGGAUGGGAGAAUCUAUGAGCAUGUGAAGGACUACCUGGUGGCUUUGUGCCGCACUGAGCUGGAGGCCUCGCAGGCCACUCACAGCACCUUCCAGUUCCUCUUAGAAAAAUCUUCCAGGAUAAUACAGGAGUUCAACCAGCAGUUGUUCAUGCAAGAAAACCCUGUGUUUCAUAAGGCGCACGACUUCCAGUUCCAGGCCAGCGAAUACGACAUGACUCUGAGCUCGGUGCAGCAGCUGGUGGACAUUGAGCCGUCGCCCGUCAGUGCCAUGAGAAUGACCCUGGCACAGAGUCGUCAGCUGGAGUCGGAGUCCGGAACCACCGAGGAGCACAGUCUGAACAAAGAGGCCAGAAAAUGGGCAACCAGAGUGGCCAGAGAGCACAAGAAUAUUAUUCACUGCAAGCGAUCUCUGGAAGAAUGUGAAAGUCAUGGCCUGCCUCCCACUGAGCAGGGCAGGCUAGAUCUGGAGCUGAAGAUUGAAGACACCAAAGAGAUAAUGCGGAAAGCUGAGACAAUAAAGCUGAAAGCUGAGGCUCGAUUGGACCUUUUGCGGCAAGUUGGAGUGGCUGUAGAUACCUGGCUGAAGAGUGCAAUGAACCAGGUAAUGGAGGAGCUGGAAAAUGAACGCUGGGCCACCUACACAACCCAUGAUCCCUCACUAUCGGGUACAGUGGACUUGGAGCGUGAAGAGGGAGAGGAGUGUGAGGAGAACAUGGAGGUCUUCGACGACAGCAGUUCCAGUCCCUCGGGAACCUUGCGCAACUACCCGCUAACCUGCAAAGUGCUCUACUCCUACAAGGCAUCUCAGCCAGAUGAGCUAACCAUUGACGAACAGGAGAUGCUGGAGGUCAUUGAGGAUGGAGACAUGGAGGAUUGGGUCAAGGCACGCAACAAGACGGGUCAAGUGGGCUACGUGCCGGAAAAAUACCUCCAGUUCCCGACUUCCAACAGCCUGCUGAGCAUGCUCCAGUCCCUGGCCACACUGGACGCUCGAUCACACACCUCCUCUAAUUCAACCGAACCGGAGCUGCACUCUGGCUGCAUCAACGGAGACACAAACAGGCUGACAAGGACAGCAUUAAUCAGAGAGGCAGGCAAGAGAACCAUGGUACUUCUGGAGGAGCUGCAGAUUCACCUAUCAGACGCGUACGUCCGUGCACUUUACGAUUACGAAGGCCAGGCAGAUGAGGAGCUCUCCUUUUCCGAGGGCGCCGUGAUCCGCCUGCUGAACCGCGACACUCAGACGGACGACGGCUUCUGGGAGGGCGAGCUGAACGGCCGGGUGGGGGUGUUCCCCUCCGUGUUGGUGGAGGAUCUGACUGAGAACGGGGAGACGAGCGGCGGAGCGCUGAAUGACACACAGAUUUCUCCAUCUUCAAAGUUGCCGUCUUCCCUGCCGCCUUUGCCUCUGUAUGACCAGCCUCCCAUCAGCCCUUUCACCAGUCCAGAGACCUCCACUCCCCCUCCUCUGCCCCGAUCCCCCUCCACUGCACUCAACGGGGAGCACAAGCUUCCUCUGCCGGCGUCCUCACACAAGGGACAGCUGUCCUCUCACAAUCAAAGCUCUGGCAGGAGUCCAGUGUCUCCAGGAUUUCCCCAGACUCAGCCUCUACGGUUCACAGCUGAAGGAGGCGGACCGGGUAAACUACGGCCGGUGCGAGCCGCGCCGCCUCCACCCAAACAGCAGCCGAGGCGACUGCAUGAGAAAAGCGACAAGACGGAGGAAGUGGAGAUCACGCUGGUGUGACGGACAAGCCUGCACAAAAGACGGAAGCGGACCUUGAUGCAGUGAGCGUGAACUCGCUCUGAACUGAUGCGAGCGGAAAUGAAGCGAUGAGAAGUUAUUUCGAUCGAACCACACUGACACUGCCGGGGCGCUGUGCAUCUUCUCUCAUCCCCAAGCCGAGGAAGAGAAAGAGCAGGGAACCGGGGUAGUGCUUGGCGUCUCCAAUUAAAUCUGCUCCAUUUUAGACCCCUAACGAAGGGCAGCAUUGCAUUCUUUUGCCCCCCCCCCCGUCCUUCCAGUCUGGCCUUAAAACGUCACCUCACACAGAAAGUUAGAGUGGGCUGAAGAGAGGAAGGAGAGACGGGGAACAGUUACUGAUGGGGUCUUUUGAAGCUCGCAAGAUGUGUCAGGCAGUUCUUCUCUGCACUUUCUGAACCCCUUCAGAACUCUAAAUCCUGGAGCAUCAGUAACAUCUCAGAGCCCAAAACUGGCAAAAUAUUUAAAAAGUCAAGCAAAACAUACAUCUUGAGAUAUUGAAAUUUAUUUUCAGGUACUUUUAAAGAUCACCAAUAAACUACAACUGUGGUAUCUGAUUGGUGAAAUUAGGAGCAAAAGUUCAAAUAAGUUAAAAGCCCAUGAAGCACAUCGGAUUGCAGCAGCUGUUACAAAUGUUGUUGCUUUGCUGGCAGCAUUUCAUUUAAACCUGUCAUUUUGUUAUUUGAAACCAGCUGACAUCUUUGAUUGAAAUCUGUAGAGAAACAGGAAAAACUACAUAUUGAAGUUAACUCAGUGAUCUGGACGGGCUUUAAGUCACCAAACAGUCUGAGAACUGACAGUUAAAGUUUAACGGACAUUUACCGUGAACUUGAUAUCAUGGUAGUUUUCGUCCUUUAUUAACAAUGAGUUUAAGCAACUCUUUCUUUCAGAGGUGGAACAAUUCUAGUGAUUUUUUUUUCAAACAGGAAGUUGGUGCACAAGUUUGAGUUUAUUGGAAUAAGCAAUUGUCUUCUCCCGAAAUGAUUGUGACAACAUACUGAGGAAAUUAAACAAUAAAAAGAGCAAUGUACCUCAUAAACACAAUUACUCUGUCUUUAGGUGCAACAGGGCACAUACCAGCUCACAUUUAUACAUUUAACACUGGAAAUAUUUGCCUAAAUAUCCCAUUGGAGAGUUUAACUGUGUUCUUUCAAUGACCAUGAACAAACUUCUGAUAUAAUAGUGGUGUGAUAUUGAACGACUCCUCUUGGCAGAAAACAUAGAGGGCCUUUAAAUUGGUUGGCUUCCAGGUUCGGAUCCAGCUUUGAAGCAUGCCCCUUAUGUUCUCAGCCGGGUCGAGGUCAGGACUUUCCGAGGGGGAAUUAAUGCCAGCCAAUAGUUUGUCCCGUUGGCGAACCUUUUGGUGAUACUUCUGACCCUGUGACGGUCACACCAUACUUGCGUGCAGCCCAGUGUUGCUUUUGAAAUUGAUUUAUUAGUAGUUGUUGUACGAUAAGCCCACCCAUUUGAAUUCAUCCUUAAAAGCUGAAAAUGACCUUUUCUCAGGGAUGGGCUCUGAUGUUUUGCAAGUUUUGAGGCUCUUAAAAGAAAAAAAAAUAGAGGAGAUGUGAGGGUGGAUGAAGAAAAAAGUAAACUUUUUGUUGGGGUGUUUCAGAGUGCAGAGCAGGGCUGAGGGACGUGGACAGAAAACCCAGACGGUGGGUUUACUUCCGGCCUCUCUCUCGCGUCAUAUAUAGUCAUUAUCAUGAUACGUAUUUAAUGUGUAUUAGUACAGUACAUUACUGUUGUCAUAGGAAUGUUUAUGCACACGGUUUCAUAUAGACUAUCUGAGCUGAAUGGAAUACCCUGUCUGAUAUGUAGUGGAAGUUUUACCUUCAUCAUGUACUGAAAAGGGUGUUGUAAAUAACAGCAGGAAGGAGAGACGGAAGGAGAGAGAGGAAGAGAAACAAGAGCCGAGGGAGGCUGGAUCCUCUCUUGUCUUGUGCUCGCCUCUCCUGCCGCCUCUGCUUUACGUCUCUCCUCUCAACAUUCGUUCUGUCAUUGGGCAGUCGGUGUGAAUCAGUGACUAUAAUAUACAUACAUACAGUUACAAUAUAUUACACACACGAGUUGUUAUAUCUUCUCUCAUUCUGUGCGCUGUGGUUUUCCUGUUAAGUGACUGGUCGAGGAAAGCUGCUGGUGCUUUGAAACGCACCGAAUCUGUUGGUAUUCACUAUGUGCUUGCAAAAAAAAAAAAAAUAGAUAAAUAAAAAAAACAUUUGUUUGAAACUUUUAAAAACUGUUUAGGGCCAGAAACAAGGACUGAAGUUUUCCUCAUUAGAGAUCAUAACUCAUGUUGCAUUGAUUUUUCUUCAUCUGUUCAGCUUCAACAUUCAUCCAUGUUUACUUGACAUGAUUUUGGACACAGGACUGAAAAUAAGGCAAAUGGAGCUGAGUACUAAUUUGUGGUAGGUUUUUUUGUACUCAAAGUAAAUAAAUAUGUACUAUCCAAGCCUUUAAAAGUCCUUCCCUAAAGGGCGUAGUAGCACUUUUAUUUAUUUGUACCUUCCCUGGAAAGUAGCAGUACACUCCUCUAGCAUCAGCAUGGUUAGAGACGACUCUUAUAGGCAAUUGUAGCGACACAUGCAGACAUGCGAGUUUCAUCUUUUCAUACUGACUCUCCAGAUGCUCUUUAAUUAAGGGUGACCGAUGCUUAAAACAAUGAUACACUCUUCAAAGAGAUGACUUUUUGUAAUCUCAUUUGGUGUUUUUCUUAAAUUAUGAAAGAAAUUUUAAUGAUUGGUAUUUCUUUGUGUUUUUUUUUUUUUUUUUUUUUGCUUAUUUGUUUUUUGGACUCUUGGGGUAAUGGGAGCUGGUCGUUUUUCCCUUUAUGCCUUAAAUAUGUUUGCAGUUUUCAUUGUUUUGCAUGAUUUUGUACCCUAUUCAACAACCAGUGAUUUAAUAUAAUUUUUUUAUAAGUCUAAACCACAAUUAGAAGAAAUGGGACACAGUGUGAAAUAUAUACACAAAGAAAAUAUACAAAUCGUUACAUCAUACAUGGAAUUAGUAUAUUAAUUAUUCAUCCAAUUACAUCUAGUGUCGAGAUAAAUAAACUGAUACUCAGUGGCGCAAAAUGAGCUUCCUGUGAGGCAAACUGACCCCAAGCAGGAAACCUCUGACUGUUCAAAAAAAUAUUACAGCUUUAAAAGUCCCACUUUGAAACACACUGAGGAUAAAUGCCCAAUUUGGUUUAAUGGGCUUAUUGAACUGUAAAGCUCCACAAUCCAACACCUCUUUGCAGCACAAUUGCAGCAAAAACCCCUUUUUUGUCCUAUGUGGUUUCAGAACCGGAAGAAAAUUGGCAGUAUGUGCGCAUUGAUUUCUCUUAGUGAAAAUUAUUAUCGGUAAUCUUCCAAAAGUGAGUACAUUUUCAUGUCAACUGAAGCUUUAGAGGGAAGACAAGCCUCUUCCAGUAAGAUCUGGCUUCAGCUUAACUAGUUUCCUUUUUAGAAAGCAGAUGAAGGUGAUGUGAGAGACGUACCAAAACAAUAGCAAUGCAGCCGACUCCACUUGUUUUCUCUGAAAUCUCCCCACAAUGGUUUUCAGAGCUGUUAUUGAAAUUCUUCAGAUUUAAGAGUGGUGGCCCAAGUGCAACGUUUGACUUUUUAUUUGCCAGUCGCCACCUUGAAGAGGCCUAGCUCUCCUUCUUUUGCCAGUCUCUUUUAUCUGCUCCAGGGUUGAGAUGUUUGUUACGUUGUGUUUUUUCUAUGUUUUUAUAUGAUUCUAUAUAUCUGAUUCAGAGCAGCGCAGCCCGCGAGUAUCAGUGAUGCGGUGAAACAAACUGGCCUUCUCCCUUCAUAGACUGUUGCCGUCGUGACAGUAAUGAGAACAGGCGCAAAAGUCUUUCAACGUAUUAAUAUUGGCUGUACAAAAAUAGAGUUUGUAUUUAUUGUGUACAAAAGUUAAUUAAUAAAAAAUGUUUAAAACA